UAAUGGAGCCAUCUCACAGUCCUGGACACCCUGAUCACAUAACUUCAGCAUGCAGAGAAAUCGAAUUUCGUCAAGGUUUUCAAGAAACUGAUACAUCUUUGGCAUCAUAUAUGAUGUCUCAAAAUACAGAGAUGAUUCCACCAGAAAACCAAGAAAUGGAUAUCUCAUAUGCGACUGCGUCCAUGCAACCAUUUUCCUCCCCAGAACAACAACAACCACCGUCAGGCUCGCUCCCAAACAGAACAAACUCUACUAUUGAACAAGAACAUAUUUGUCGAUAUCCGUCUUGCAAAGAAAAAACAUUCCGUAGCAAGGGCCUACUAGACCGACACCUGCGUGAACUUCAUAGUCCCCAAACAUAUACUUGUCCCAUACGUUCAUGUGAUCGACACAAAGAAGGCUUUAAUAGGCGAUACAAUCUUAUGUUACACCAAAAACGAGUUCAUCGGGAUGAAGUCUUGCCAUCCGAAGAUGACGCUGAAAAUAUACGGACGACUGAUAAAGGCGAAGAUAUAAAUUAUGACGGGUUUGAUCAUGUAUCCGAGUAUGAGGACAAUAGAUCUAUUGAUGGAAAAGACACUCUUCAAAUGAGGUUGAAUGAUCUUGUGCAAUUACGGUCAGAGAUGGAUUUGGAUAUUAGAUCCAUACAGAGAGUUUUGAGUAUGGUAGGACAACCAUGAGUCUUUGGACUUCAG